AUCCUUAUUUGGAAUGUGAACAGUGGACAUAUUCUUCUGGAUAUGAUGCGUAUGGUACGCAAGUUAAACUGUGUGGUGAGACUUCCGCAUGGUGACCACGUGUUACGGAGACAGAUGUGGAGAUAUUACACCGGUUAACCUCUCAGCACUGAGCAUGGACACGUCGUAUGCAAUGGUGGCUGGCUACUUUAUGAUCAUAAUCCAACUGUGUAUUCGACCUGCUCGUGGAAACUGCCCCGAUCAAGGAUUCCAAUUGAUUAACAUCUGUCGGCGUCCUCAAGAUGAGUUCAGCUUCACCAUGGGCAGCAUCCGCCUCCAUCCGCAAGACCUGCAACCGCACCUGUCUAUGUGUGUAUGUCAGCUAACGGUGAACAGAUACACCCGGGAUUUACUUGUUGCCAGGCGACACUACCCUGCUAUGCACCAACUGUUUGAUAUAUACAUACUUACCCCUGAUGUGACAGUAAAUGCGAGUAAUGUGUCAUUUGAAAACAUUAUAAAGCCAAUUGAUGAAGAAAGCCCCUGGAACUUUGUCGUGAGGAAAAGAAAUGCAUCACGUAACGCUGACGAUGACUCAUCCACGUAUUGUUUCUCCGUACGGUCAUCAGACAAAACAACUUUAUCCCUCAACUGCGAAACGUUUCCACGUCGACCUUCAGAGACACUCACACAAGUGUCAGUGACAGUGUUGGCCAGCUGCCUCAUGGGUGUUGCUGUCGCGUGUUUUGUUGCAGGUGCUUGUAUCGCAUAUUGCUGCAGCAGCAAUAGGUUUCGCGUGAGGCAGCUGACGGGCGAGACGGCGGUGUGUCAGUUCAGAGAUAGCGGCAUAGACACCAGCAAUCAGGAUAACCACCACUUGGCUGAGGAAGUGGACACUUCUAACGAGUAUGCUACGGUCGACUGCCGGAAGUUUGUCCAUGGGAUUCAGGAGGAUGGCGGGUUGAGAAUGACUACAGUGAAGGCAUCCGCAGACACCGACAAAAGCAGCCUUGUGACCAUGGAGAAUGACCUGUAUGAAUGACACGACACUGACAAUUAAACUGACAGCAGACAUCUAUUGUUCCACUCGGGUCAAAUCGACAUAUUGUCCUAAAGUUUAUCAUACACAGGGCUUCACUCGGCUUAUUAGGAAUGAUAUUUUAUGAUUUCACAAGCUCCUUCCCCGAGCGUUAUACCUUUGGUGCCCUCCUGUAUCAUGUCUGGCAUCUCUGAUGCGACCAUUUUAGGAUGCUUUUUAAAAUUACUCUCCAACCACACAUCUUGGGAAAUUUAAGUAUUUGUAUGUUAAUCGUCGUUAAUGACAUAGUUACUGCUUCAUGGAUAAAUAUAUGUUUGUGACUCCGUGAUAGCGGAAAGAAUCCAUAUUCUCCAUAACAUUCUCAUCGUCCCAUUGUCUGAUGUUAGAUAAAGACGCUAUCCAAUAUGACAAACCAGCAAAAUAAUAAAUGUGGAAGCAGUAGACAACGUCUAGUGAGCUUGUAAACACAACGGUCUGUCUCCACACAUGCUGGAAGAAAGGCCGUCUGAUAAUGGAAUCUGGAUCAGACAGUCCAGUGAAGGAUGUUAUGAGCAGCGUCUCACGCCGUCGGGGUACGUUGACAUUGAAUCAACCAGGUCACCGAGUCUGACCAUCACCCGAUACCAUCAGGUCGCCUAUCACGAUGGGCAUAAGUUCCUUUGGUUCAGUUCUAAACCGGAUUUCAUUCGGGUGUGGCGAGUUACUGGCUAGCAGUGAUUGUACAAGAGAACCAGAAACGAUGAUGAUGAUGAUGAUGAUGAUGAUGAUGAUGAGGAGGAGGAGGAGGAGGAGGAUAUACUUUCAAUAGACUUACAAACCAAAAACCAUCCUGCUGUGGCAUGCGAUAGUCCAUGAAUGAAACUCGUUACUGCCUGAGUAAAUCCAACAGUUAAAACUACAGUCACAAUAUGUCAUGUAAUGAACAUUCUGCUGAUACGCUGCUUGAGAUUAGUCUACGGGGAUUAGUUUCAGUAAACAGAAAGUGACAAAUUGAACACAGAUAAAUAUGUUCUUUCUUUACAAUUGCAAUAUUUCAACACACGAUGCUGAUAAGUCCUAUUCUUGGCGGAUUUAUGUGGCCAUUUAAAACAUGUAUGGCGCUGGAGGACAGGCAACGUCUUAUUUGUUCAACAACGUCAACAACGUCAACAACGUCUCACCGAUCAUUUGACUAAAUGUGAGGUGGGAAACAAGCGGUUGAUAGCAUGAACACCUAUCUUGCCUUCGGGAAACGACGGCAGUCACUCUAUGAGUGAUUCUCUUCAAAUUACUAAUCAGAUUAUACUGAAAUCAAAUUAUUGACAACGUUAUUUAAACACUAGGUUUGCCAAAGCUUAAAGAACGAACACAUUAAAAUAUCGCCAUAUCAUUACUAAUGAGACCAAAAAUGUAAUAAUAUUAAUUCCGACAGUUCCAAUUUUUUGUUGAAGUUCACGAUUUCAUAACCUCGCCCAUUGCAUGAACGUUGUUAUAUUAAGGGCAAUAAACAAAUUAA